AUGAGUCGUCUCUGGUGCUUUUUGCUUAUCAUUACAUUGUGCGUGGGGUUAAAUAAUGCGGGAUUGAUGGAGAAAAACUCCGUACACGUCAAAAACUCUCUUGGUCCCAACAAUAUUCUCAGGGUCGAUUGUUCAUCAAAAGAUGACUUUCUAGGCGUCCACGAUUUGAAGCCUGGACAAACCUUUGAUUUUAGUUUUAAUGACAGUAUCUUCAAGACCAAAUUCGAUUGUACCUUAGCGCAGGGACAGGGUUUCAUUCAUCAGGCAAGCUUUAGAGCAUAUGAAGGUGGUGGUUUCAUAGUUCAUUACGGCAAGAAGAAUUUUUGGGAUGCUAGAGAAGAUGGAAUUUACUUUACACAUGGUAAAGAAACUCCCAAGUUAGAGUAUAAGUGGUCAUAA